CGAGUAGACAUCAAAACAAGAUUAUGUUGAAAACCAUUGGUGUAGUUCUGAUCCUGGUGGCUCUGGCCAGUGCCGAGCUCCACCGCGUGCCGAUCCUCAAGGAGGAGAACUUCGUGAAGACCCGUCAGAAUGUCCUGGCCGAGAAGUCCUAUCUGCGCACCAAGUACCAGCUGCCCUCUCUUCGCAGCGCUCCCGAGGAGCAGCUGUCCAACUCGAUGAACAUGGCCUACUAUGGAGCCAUCACCAUCGGAACUCCUGCCCAGAGCUUCAAGGUUCUCUUCGAUUCCGGCUCCUCGAACCUGUGGGUGCCCUCCAACACCUGCAAGAGCGACGCCUGCACGACCCACAACCAGUACGAUUCGAGUGCCAGCUCCUCUUACGUGGCCAAUGGCGAGUCCUUCUCCAUCCAGUAUGGAACUGGUAGCCUCACUGGCUACCUGUCCACCGAUACCGUCGAUGUGAGUGGCCUGAGCAUCGCGAGCCAGACCUUUGCCGAAUCCACCAACGAACCGGGCACCAACUUCAACGAUGCCAACUUCGAUGGCAUCCUGGGCAUGGCCUAUGAAGCUCUGGCCGUCGAUGGAGUGGCUCCUCCGUUCUACAACAUGGUGUCCCAGGGUCUGGUCGACAACUCCGUCUUCUCGUUUUACCUGGCCCGCGAUGGCACUUCCACUCAGGGUGGUGAGCUGAUCUUCGGCGGCUCCGACUCGUCCUUGUACUCGGGUGCUCUGACCUAUGUGCCCAUCUCGGAGCAGGGCUACUGGCAGUUCACCAUGGCUGGAUCCUCCGUCGAUGGCAGCUCCCUGUGCGAGAACUGCCAGGCUAUCGCCGAUACUGGCACCUCCCUGAUCGUGGCUCCCUACGAUGCGUACGUCACCCUGUCCGAGAUCGUCAAUGCCGGCGAGGAUGGCUACCUGGACUGCUCCACCGUGAGCUCCCUGCCUAAUGUCACCUUCAACAUCGGUGGCACGGACUUCGUCCUGACCCCCUCGGAAUACAUCAUCCAGUCGGAGGGCACCUGCAUGUCCGCCUUUGAGUACAUGGGCACUGACUUCUGGAUUUUGGGCGAUGUCUUCAUUGGCCAGUACUACACCGAGUUCGAUUUGGGCAACAACCGCAUUGGAUUCGCCCCAGUCGCCUAGGCUAUGAUCUGCAAUCAGCAGAGUGCAAUAAAGUUAUGAGUACCUUGAGUA